AUGGCAUUCUUCAACCCUUAUCGUGCAGCUGCUUGCGGAGAAGCAACCGCAACACCAUAUUUCAUUUACCGUCUCCGUGAUGCCAUGCUUUCUUCUCCCACAGGCCGACGUAUCUUACGCGAUCGCCCUCGCAUAUCUUCUAAAACACUUUCCAUGCAACAUCUCCGGACACUCCCCACGAACGCCGUAGGCCGCUGCUACGCAGAUUGGUUAGACCGUGAAGGAGUCUCGCCUGAUACACGAGAUUCAGUAAAAUACAUUGAUGAUGAAGAAUGUGCAUAUGUUAUGCAGCGAUAUCGCGAAUGCCAUGAUUUCUACCACGCUAUAACGGGAUUACCUAUUGUGCGGGAAGGCGAAGUGGCGCUCAAGGCCUUUGAGUUUGCCAAUACUCUGUUGCCCAUGACGGGCUUGAUUGGAAAGGAGUGUUGA